CCCGGAUCCCGCCUCGCAGGCCCCUGGCCCCGCCCCGGAGCUGCCUGGCCGCCUCCGCUGCACCAUGGCCGGUGGGCCUGAGCGGCUGCUUCCCCUGGCCCUGGGCUGCCUGGCCGUCUGGGCCGCUCUGGCGGAGCAGCAGCUGCGCUUCAAGCCGGCCCCGGCCCCCAGCCCGGUGCGGCUCUUCACCGAGUCCGAGCUGGCCAGAUACAGCGGGCAGGAGGAGGGCCAGCCUAUUUACAUGGCCGUGAAGGGAGUAGUAUUUGAUGUCACUUCUGGAAAAGAAUUUUAUGGGAAAGGUGCCCCAUACAACGCCCUUGUUGGGAAGGACUCAACACGAGGAGUUGCAAAGAUGUCACUUGACCCAGAAGAUCUCACUCAUGACACAACAGGACUCACGGAUGAAGAGCUAAAAUCCCUGGAUGAUAUCUUCAAUGAUGUGUACAAAGCCAAAUACCCUAUUGUUGGCUACACUUCUCAAAGAAUUCUGAAUGAGGAUGGCAGCCCCAAUCAGAACUUUAAACCUGAGGAUCAGCCACAUUUCAGCAUUAGAGAUGAAUUUUGAUGAAGGAUUUAGCAUCCUGAAAAUCCCCAGAUGGACAUUGUAGAACAACACUGUAUGACUGGGAAACAUUGACUGUUUCUAAGGCAAAAGAACAGUUUCUAUGAAUUAUGUAUCUUUUGUAUUUUUGUUAUCAGCAGCCCCCACCCCCUGACAAACGAGGAUAAUGACUGAUUACUAAUGUAAUGAAUUCCUUCAAGUAGUGAACCAAAUAAUAUUUAAUCAGUGGCACAUAUUUGUGGACUGAGGAGAAUUAAUUCAAUAAAAUUCUCACUGCCAAUA